AUGCGAUUCGUUUACUGGUCUUUAAUAUCAAAUUGUUUUCGUAUUUAGUUUUAGUGAUUUAUAUGUGUUAUCGAUUCUAUCGGAACUGUUGCUUUCUUCUUCCGCACUCCCUGUUACCUUCUGCCUUUUUCUUUCUGUGUUCAUUGUGUGUGGUAGAAGCUCGGCCGGAAAUCGCAGUGAAGCUGGUAGCGGCCGUCAACGCUGUGCUGCGUGAUCACGAUGGAACGCUGCUGGAGGUGCCUGCACCUGUGGAGCCGCAGGAGCCUCUCGCUGAGCCCGGACAAAUAUGUUUACAAGCCGGUCAAGGCGCAACCGCUGUCGUCGGCGGCAGCGCGGGCGCAGACGCGGCGGCGCGCGCCGGUCUCGCCCUGCUCCUCGCAGAACCAGCGCCCGAGAACCGACACUUAUCGUCUGCACUCGAACUAUAUCCGCACUUAGAUGUUCUCGCUCGGGCGUGUGCGGCUCUAUGCGAGGCCAAGGACUGGCAAAACGCCGUGGUGCUGCACGAGGGGAGUGCGCGCGUGGCGCCGCGCCUGGCGCCCGACAUCGACGCGCUGGCGCUGCGAGCGCGACAGUUGCCGCCGCCGCACGAUGACAAUGCGCUCAGAAACCUGCUCCUGGUUCUCAAGAAGUUGGGCGCCAUUAACUUCAUAGUGUGGUGUGACGCGGAGUGCAGCGUGCGCGUGCUGGACGCGGCGCAGCGCGUGGGGCUGCUGGCCGACCGGCACUCCUACGUGCUCACCGCACUCGACCUGCACACGCUGCCGCUCGCAGACUACAGCUAUGGGGGCGCGAAUAUUACUGGUUUGCGUAUCUUUAACGCGGAAUCCAGUAAAGUGUCGAAAGCGAUGGGUGCCUGGCGGGAGGAGUACGUUAAACAACUCGGCGAAACCGGAAAUGAGGAAGAAAUCGCCAAUAUCGUGGACAACCCUCCGACAGCAGUCCUCCUGACGUACGAUGCGGCUACAAUCGUAGCAAAGGCGAUGAAAUACCUCGACCUACCGACGGACGAACCCGGCUCCUGCGAACACGGAGCGGCCUCCUCUCACGCCGACACACUUCUAAAUUAUUUGCGUUCGGAAAAGUGGGAGGGUGUGAGCGGGCCGCUGGUGUGGGAGGCGGGCGGCGAGAGGCACGAGGUGCUGCUGCAGGUGACGGAGCUGGAGCGUGGUGGGAGGCUGGCACCCGUGGCUUCGUGGGCGCCGCACACCGGCCUGGCAUGGCUCCCGCGAGCGCUCACGCCGUCGCCACCCGGAGGCCUCAUGACCAACCGCACCUUCGCCAUACUCAUUGCCAUGAAUAAGCCCUACAUAAUGAAGAAGCAAUCAUCAGAUCGUCUCUUUGGUAACGAUCGAUACGAAGGUUUCUGCAUUGAACUCAUCGACCGGCUGUCGAAGCUGCUGCACUUCAACUAUACGUUCGUGGAGCAGAUGAACGGCGCGUACGGCGUUCGCAACAAGACCACGAAUCAAUGGAACGGCAUGAUGCGGCGUCUCAUGGAUGAUCCCGAUAUACAAUUCGCGGUGACGGAUCUGACCAUAACGGCGGAGCGCGAGGAGGCGGUGGACUUCACCACGCCCUUUAUGAACCUCGGGAUCAGUAUCCUGUUCCGAAAGCCGCAGCAGCCGGAACCCGCAUUGCUAGCCUUUCUCUUGCCAUUCUCUAACGGGGUAUGGUUGUGUCUGGGGUUAGCGUACUUGGGCACGUCACUAGUGCUGUACGUGGUGGGGCGACUAUGCCCCGACGAGUGGCAAAACCCCUACCCGUGCGUGGAGGAACCGCCGGCUCUCGAGAACCAGUUCACGCUCGCAAACGCUCUCUGGUUCAAUCUCGGCGCCGUGCUGCAACAGGGCUCGGAAAUAGCACCAGUCGCGUACGGUACACGUGCGGUGGCCAGUUGCUGGUGGAUAUUCGCACUCGUGAUCACCAGCUCUUACACGGCCAACCUAGCCACGCUGCUGGCGACCAAGUCGUCUACGGAGCUGAUCAAAAACGUGCGCGAUCUCGCCGAAAACGAUCAGGGCAUCACAUACGGGGCUAAGGCCGGCGGGUCGACUUAUACGUUUUUCGAGCUUUCCGAAAACGAGCUCUACCAAAAAAUGUUCCAGAAAAUGAAAGAACAGGAAAUGCCUAAGAGUAACGAAGCCGGCAUUCAGAAAGUCAUGACCGACAAAUAUGCAUUUUUCGCCGAGUCUACCACAAUUGAGUAUACAGUGGAGCGCAACUGUGAAGUUACUAGCGUGGGGGAUCUUCUAGACAGUAAAGGUUACGGAAUUGCAAUGAAAAAAAACUCAGAAUACCGGCAGUCUCUGAACUUGGCGCUGCUGAAUCUGCAGGAAGCGGGCGUACUGCGCGAGAUGAAGUAUCGCUGGUGGAAGGAGAUGCACGGCGGCGGCGCCUGCCAGCCGUCAAAUGAUUACGAAAGCGAGGAACUCUCCCUGGACAACUUCAUGGGACUAUUCCUCGUGCUGGUGGUGGGUUGCGCCCUAGGCGUGGUGGUGUCCUGCUGCGACCUCGCGUGCUCCGCGUGGCGGCACCCGCGCGACCCCGAGCGCUCGUUCCUCGGCAGCUUCUGGUCCGAGCUUCGCUUCGUGUUCCGCUUCGAGCAGUCGGUGAAGCCCGUGCGCGGCCCGCUCAGCCCCGCGGCCAGCCCGCACGCCUCGGCCUCGGCCUCCACGCCGUCCGCGCGCUCCGGGCGCUCGGCCGACGGCGACGAGGGCGCGGGGGGCGAGGCCGGCCCGCGGCGGCCGCGCACGGCGUCGCUGCGCUCGGGCCGCGCCAGCGCGCGCCGCUCGUCCAUGCACGCGGCCAGCCUGCGCCUCGCCAGGCACGCCACCACGCCCACGCCGCGCUGACGAGCUCCUCUGGCGGCGCGGUGCCGGUCCCGGACACUUCUUCGACAUGACAUGAGGCUAAGUUUGUUACUUCGCUAAUUUCGUAUCCGUUUUUCGGUUUAGUAAUCUUGCUGUAUAAAGAUUGAUCUUGCUUUUAUCGUGAAAGACUAUAAGAAUUCUACAAACAACGAGGAAAAGGAUACAUCUGACCAAAACGUGAGAAUAAAAGCGAUUCGCGAUUCAAGCGAUUUAGUAUUAUAAUGAGGCACAGCGGUGACGAAAAUAGUUUGUUAAUUACCAUAUUGAAUAAAUGUUAUUGUUGUAUUAAGAGUGUCAAUGUUAUUUUAUUUACUUUUAUGUACCUACU